AUGGACAACGAGGUCCCCCUCUCCCCCACCACGGCGGAUUCGGCACCGUCGCGCCGGCUGUCGCGCUUCGACGACCGCUCCAGCCAGCCCUCGAGUGACCCGGCGCUGUUCUCGAGCGAUGACAUCCCUGCGUCUGGUCUCGAGAAUUACCAUGCGCCGGUGGCGGGCGCUGGGCGCAAGCGGCGAUACCGCGGGACCUGGUGGGGAGAGCAGGUUGCGGAUCCUAAGCGGAAGAGGGCUGAUUUUAAGGAGAAGCGUAAUGUCGAUAGUGGUGUUUGGAUGGGUAGCGAUGAAUCUAUCGCUGAGUCUUCUUUGCCGUCGGAAGAUGCGUCGAAUUGGGGGGAGGACCUCCUGAAGACGGUGCUUGAUCCUCGGGCGCCGAGCAAAGUCUCCAAUGCGCCUUCGCUGUUCAAGGCGUCUGAUACGGUGGCAACGACGGUGCAGCCUCGACCGGUUAUUUUUCAAGGUCCCGUCGAGUCGGAGGAGCAUAAAUAUGCGAAAGCUGUGAUCAAUGAUUGUCUUGAGAAGGGCGAUGAUAGCGUUGAUCUUGGGAGCAUUAAUCUGAGGUAUAUUCCUCCAGGCCUAUUGCGACCUCUACAGCAUCUUACAAAGCUGCCCUCUUUGCAUGAGGCACCCAUUUCUGAAAACGCCUAUUUCUCGCUUCAGCCAUUUCUCCGAAUCUAUCUCUCCAACAACUCCCUUACUUCCCUAUACACUAGCGAGAUUUUCGACCUGAAAGAUCUCAAGGUUCUCAGCUUGCGUAACAACAAGCUCAUGCGGAUCCCAGAGGCGAUUCGCAAGUUGACCGCUUUGCAAGUCCUCAACGUUUCCAUGAACCGGCUCGAUGAACUCCCGUGGGAUCUUCUAUGGUUGUUGCAGCAGGGAGAAUUGAAGCAUUUCACCGCGCAUCCAAACCCAUUCCCAUCAAUUGACGAGUCCGGGACGGCCGAGUGGCACUGUCAAUUUGACAAGACCGAUGAUGAAAAUAAAGAUGAGGACGAAGACGAACUAGACAUUCCGGAAGCCUCCCCCAUCCCCAAGUUCCGCGACUAUGAAGGCGUGCCUCCCGAUGAUGCAUGGACACCUAUCCACGUCGCAACGGGACCAGUGACCCGCCUGGACAUGGAAGGUCGAAUCCUCGACGAUAGUCCAUCAUUCAACGCACCCGCCACCUCCCUCCCCGCCUCCAGAGCUCCAUCACUCCGCGAGGUCUCUCUCCGCGCGAUAUCCAAACUCCCAGGGAUCGACCAACUCACCGAUUCCGAACUUCUCGAGUUCCCCGCCCUCGUCAUCCCCCUGAUCUCCCUCGCCCGACAGACCAGGCAGGAAGGAGCACAGCGUUGCUCAAUCUGUCAGCGGGAAUUCAUCGUUUCCCGCGCUAUGUGGACGGAGUGGUGGGACUGCACUCCUCAUGAGAACGGUAUGAAGAGGCCUCGGGUUUCGGGGGAGCUGUUGAGACCGCUGCCUUUUAAGCGGGUUAGCUGCAGCUGGGCCUGUGUGCCGGGUGUGCAGGCUGUAGAAUAG